AUGAUCUUGAGAUCAAAAGUAAUCCUUGAUGAGGAGACACUACGAGAAUGGAAAUCUCUGAUGGGAAAACCGGAACAUGAAGGCUGCAAAUCUGAAAAGUGUGAUGAAAGAUGGGAAAUACAGAGGACAUUAUUCCACGGACGGGUGAUAUCAUUCAUUUCUCGCAUGCAUCUUAUCCAAGGUAAUAGACAGUUCUCACAGUGGAAAGGUUCAAUUGUAGAUUCUGUGGCUGGGGUUUUCCUGGCUCAAAAUGUCACCGACAACAUAUCAAGCUCUGCUUUCAUGUCCCUUGCCGCUCAAUAUCCUUGUAAUGAAGUCAGUUUCAAAUCAACAUUCCACAAUGGAAAUGGAAAGACCAAGCUGGAGAAAUCUUACAAAGGAAGUUCUAAUAUUAAGAACCAGGGGAUAAUCCGAAGAACAAAUCUGAAAGGGGGGAAGAAGAAAAAGGAGGCAAGAAAUCAGCAAUCUGAACCAGUCUUAAGAAGGAAAAGUCAAAAUGCAGACAUGGAAAGUGAAGCCAUUACAAGGGAAAAUAUAAGGAAGUUCUCUUCCUUUGUAAAUCCCAAAGAGAUUAAUGAUAGCACGUUAGAUGCCAUAGAUUGGCAUGCAGUCCACGAUGCAACAACGGAUCAAGUAUCAAAAGCUAUCAAUCAAAGGGGAAUGAACAAAAAGCUUGCACUAAGAAUUAAGAAUUUUAUCAACUGCCUGCUCCUGGAACAAGGGAAUGUGGAUCUAGAAUGGCUACGAGAAGUUGAACCAGAAAAGGCUAAGGAGUACUUGCUGAGCAUUUAUGGUCUGGGAGUGAAAAGUGUGGAAUGCAUAAGGUUGCUAACUCUCCAACACCAAGCCUUCCCAGUUGAUACAAAUGUAGGACGAGUGCUCGUGCGACUGGGUUGGAUACCUAUUCAAUCACUUCCAAGAGGACAAGAGAUGCAUCUUUUGAAUAUGUACCCGGACGUCAAAGAUGUUCACAAGUAUCUCUGGCCACGGUUAUGCACACUUGAUUAUCUAACACUAUAUGAAUUUCAUCAUCAGAUGAUUACCUUCGGAAAGGUAUUCUGUACAAAAUCAUCCCCUAAUUGUAAUGCAUGUCCAAUGAAGGCAGAAUGUAGACACUUUGCAAGUUCUUUUACAAGACAAACUUAACGAUAGUUCUUCGUUCUCUUUGAAAUCAUUGCAAUGAUCUUCUCUCGGAACAUUCAGAAACUAAAUCAUGUUGAUAGAAUUAUGUAGAAACAGUACAAUUCCUAAGUAAACUUAUUGAACAUUAAUGCAGU